AACGCACUCGCAUCGCAUCCGGCUCAACAACAUUCCAACCAACAUGGCAAGCCGAAAAGGUUCACAGCAAAGCCGGGGAGAUGGUGAUAAAUACUCGGUGUUGUUGCCCACUUACAAUGAACGAGAGAAUCUACCGCUUAUUGUGUGGCUAUUGGUAAAAUACUUCGGUGAAAGUGGAUACGAGUACGAGAUUAUUGUCAUUGAUGAUGGAAGUCCAGAUGGGACACUUGAGGUGGCAGAACAACUGCAGAAGAUAUACGGAGAGGACAAGAUACUCCUUCGACCAAGAGCAAAGAAACUAGGGUUAGGAACUGCCUACAUCCAUGGCAUUAAACAUGCCAGAGGGAACUAUGUAUUCAUAAUGGAUGCAGACCUCUCCCAUCAUCCUAAAUUUAUUCCAGAAUUCAUAAAGAAACAGAGGGAAGGCGGGUAUGACCUUGUGUCAGGCACCCGAUACAGAGGAGAUGGGGGCGUGUACGGAUGGGACCUGCGCAGGAAACUCAUCAGUCGGGGAGCGAACUAUGUCACACAGGUGCUGCUGAGACCUGGGGCAUCAGACCUGACUGGCAGCUUCAGGCUUUACAAGAAGGAGGUACUGGAGAGACUGGUGGAGAGGUGUGUGUCCAAAGGCUACGUCUUUCAGAUGGAGAUGAUUGUCCGUGCUAGACAGCUGAACUACACCAUUGGAGAGGUUCCAAUUUCGUUUGUGGAUCGUGUUUAUGGGGAGUCUAAACUGGGAGGAAAUGAAAUAGUGUCGUUCCUGAAAGGACUGCUUACUCUCUUCGCGACAACAUGAUUUAUGAUGCUCUAGGUUUGGACUCAGCACUGCUUUUUAGUUUUUCAGUCAUGGCCUUCAAUGCAGUAAUGAACCUACAUCAAAAUCAGUAGCGUAGGACGCACCCCCACAGCACACGUGAGGCUGGGGCCCCAAGCUUUAGGGAGCAUCAAACAAACUUUUAUUUUGGUUGGGGAAGAUAGCAAGUGAACACUUCAUAAGCCAUGGCAAAAUGUUUAGGAUUACAGGAAAUUUACUUUAAAACUGGGGGGGGGGGGGGGGGGGCUAAACUGCACUAUGUCACUGAUAAAAAUGAGAAGGGGAAAUGGACAGACUAUGCUCCUUUCUAUGAGUAGUUGAUUAUUGACAAGUCAAAGCACAGAAAGUAUUACAUUAAAAUAUUCAUUCUUCACUGCCUCUGCUUCAGAUGGAUCUCCAAUCAUACAUAAAGAUGUUGAAGCAUCAAGCUUCUUCCUAUGUAUUAUUGUAGAUUGAUUAACUCCUUUCUGUUCAUUACUUUCAUAUUUUGGUGGGUUUACACUACCAGUCAAAAGUUUUAGAAAACCUACUGAUUCAAGGGUUUUUCUACAUUUUCCUAUAUUUUUCUCUCAACCAGCUUAACGAGGAAUGCUUUUCCAACAGUCUUUAAGGAGUUCCCACAUAUGCUGUGCACUUGUUGGCUGCUUUUCCUUCAUUCUGUGGUCCAACUGAUCCCAAACCAUCUCAAUUUGGUUGAGGUCGGGUGAUUGUGUAUGCCAGAUCAUCUGAUGCAGCACUCCUUCUUGGUCAAAUAGUCCUUACACAGUCUGGAAGUGUGUUGGGUCAAAUGAUAGUCCCAUUAAGCGCAAGAUUGGAUGGCAUAUCGCUGCAGAAUGCUGUGGUAGCCAUUCUGGUUAAGUGUGCCUUGAAUUCUAAAUUAAUCACUGACAGUGACACCUGCAAAGCACCCCCACACCAUCCCGCCUCCUCCAUGCUUCACGGUGGGAACCACACAUGCGGAGGUCAUCCAUUCACACACUCUGCGUAUCACAAAGACAAGGCGGUUGGAACCAAAAAUCUCUGGUGGACUUUUACCAAAUAGGGCUUUCUUCUGUAUACCAACCCUACCUUGUCACAACACAACUGAUUGUCUCAAACGCAUUAAGAAGGAAAGAAAUUCCACAAAUGAACGUUUAACAAGGCACACCUGUUAAUUGAAAUUGAUUCCAGGUGACUACCUCAUGAAGCUGGUUGAGAGAAUGCCAAGCCUGUACAAAGCUGUCAUCAAGGCAAAUGGUGGCUACUUUGAAGAAUCUCAAAUAUAAAAUAUAUUUUGAUUUGUUUUACACUUCUUUGGUUACUACAUGAUUCCAAAUGUUAUUUCAUACUUUUGAUGUCUUCGCUAUUAUUCUACAAUGUAAAUGAAAUGAAAAUAGUAAAAAUAAAGAAUAACCCUUGAAUGAG